AGAAACUAAUAUAGGGACUCUAGAGUUACGAUUAUACUUCUUCUAGAAGUAGUAGACAGUUGUAUUAGUAUACUGACUACUGGUUUCCUCUCCACCAGCACGUUGGUCUCGUAGCGGUUUUACAGUAACUAACUAGCUAACAAACUAAGUAACUAACUAACUAACUAACUAACUAACUAACUAACUAACUAAUUGAGAAAUACUAACUAACUGAGAAAUACUAACUAAGAAAAAACCAGGUUCGUGACUUUGAUGUAGUUACCAGCAUAGAAGUAGUCAUUACAUUCACAUUAUUCGCACAGAAUGGUCGUGGUCUCAGGUGCAUCAGCACCUGGUGUAGCACCUGUUGGGGGCGUCGCGCCUGAAAUUAUCGACGAUGGCGAGAAGAAGAAGAAAAAACGACCCGUAGUCCCGACAUUCCCGGUUUGGUCACGCGAAGAUGUCGAAAACUGGAGUAAAUGUGUUAAGAUUGGAAAGAUUCUGGGAAAAACAUUCUGACCGAUUGAUAAGGGAAUGAAGAUUGAUAAGAGAAUGAAGAUUGGACUGAAUGAAUGAAUGAAGAUUCAGAUUGCUAAGAGCCUCCAAAAGGCAUGUACUUGUCUAUGUCGUGGGAGUGCCGUGCGUAGGACCUUACUUCCCUUUCCAUUUUUUCUGUGUCUGUUUUAAGGCUCAAGUUUCAUUGGCCAUUGGGGUUGGUCUCUGACAUCAAAGAGGAGACCCCCUGAGAGAACAGGGGAAACCCAAGGGAAAGGGCGGAAGCUCUGUAAGGGGCACUGUCCCUUCAGCAUCAGUGACCAAUGAAUUUCGGCCUUUAAGUCUGUUGUUUCUCCUUUUCAUUCUGGUAGCUCCCUUUCCAUUUUUUCUGUGUCUGUUGUCCCUCCUUUUCUGGUGGCUCCGUGUCCGUAGCUACCAAGCAUGCGAGGAUUAUGAUUUCCCAUGCCAGGAUGAUGAUUGUAGUUUAGCUCAUACUCCAAUUAGGCCAUUAUCGCUGCAUGCCAGGAUGAUGAUUGUAGUCUAGCUCAUACUCCAAUUAGGCCAUUAUCCCAUACGCUAAUUAGGCCAGCGACAAGAGAACAUCUGUCUACGCCUUGCGUCAGUGCGUGGAUUAUGUGCUACAUUUCGCUGGUUUCCCGGAUGUGGUUAAGUUACCCGAUGACUUCCUGGGAAACAGUAAGAACAUGCCGUACAAAUUCGUGGAGCAACUGGCGGAAAAAAUCGUGCCCACAGAUAUGGUGGAGGAUAUUGGUAUAGAUGCUUAUAUCUAUUUUUGGUAGCUUUGGUAGGGCGAGAGCAGUCGUGCUGUAGUUGUUGCUGGAGAAGACAGUGAUAGUUCAUCUUCUGGAGAAGACAGUGAUAGUUCAUCUUCUGGAGAAGACAGUGAGAGUUCAUCUUCUGGAGAAGACAGUGAUAGUUCAUCUUCUGGGUUGAUUUCGCAUGAGAACCUGCUGGGCGUAAUGUUGAGACGAGAGGACUAAGUUGUAGACUUGUAAGUAGAAUCUACAUCGCUGUUGUUGGGAGACUGAAUUUUUUUCAAACGUACCCACAAAAAUACAACUUCUUAAGGUGAGGAAAGUGCGAUUCCAUUAUCAUUCACGGCGCCGCCUGCAGAAGCCUACGGGCUAACCCACAAGAAAACUCGUGACAACGCAAGAAAGGCAUUGGGUAAUUGGUUUUCGCAGUUAUCGCAAUCCUUAAAGCCUUUCGAUUUGUGUGACACAGGCUUGUUGCCGCAUUUAUGCCUCUGGCUUGAGGGGCUCUAUUCCUCUUAAGGCUACAAGAAAUCCAUCUUCAAAGGCAUCUGGGUCCCGUUUUUAAACGGAAAAGGGGACCCAAGAGGCUGCUCAGGAUGGAUUUCGCUUAGUUCUAACCCUCCCAGUACCUCUGCUUGCGACACACUGCGACAGUGGUGGCAGGUCACGUCCUACUGGACGUCACAGAUAUAGUCUCGGAGUUGCAGACGCAGGUAUUAUAAGUAUUUGAUUACAUCAAUUGGAUGACUGUAGUAGUGGUACUGCAUCUUCAUCAGUGGGAUGAAAAUAUGUAAGGCGAGAAGCAAACUACUAGAACUACUUUUCUGAGUGUUUUUUAUAGAAAGCUUUCUGUCAAUCCUCAAAUCCUCACCAGUUGGAAAUCUCCGUACGUCAGCAUGAGGCUGAGAGCAGUGUGAAAAGAAGGCAGUACCUAAAAGAAGACAUCGCGAACACAGAAAAGGUCGCAAAGGCAUUGUUGCAAUUACGUCGUCGGGCUUUUCGUGUAGUUUCAGACAAGAAUACAAGAAUGAUGUUGGAAAGGCAGUCUCUUCUAACUACUCAACCUAAAGUUUGACGCUAUGUCAACCUGCUAAAGCUUGAUAAACAUGAACGAGGUUGUUACUGUUACCUUUUCAGCACCCAUGAUUUCAGGACGUCUUCAACAUUGCGCUUCUAAUCCUCUCCCGAAGUCAUUUGCUCGCGGAUUUUAAGAAAACGCGAUGUCGAGAUCACACUCCAGCAGUCAGGGCCGAGGCGCACAGCUAUCUGUACAAGUUGAUAUCGAAGGACUUGUCUUAAGGGUUGGAAGUUGGCAUCCUAUCAUCUCAUUGGAGUGACACCUCUCUCGAGGGUUGGAAGUUGCCCUAUGAGCAUCUCUAUGAUUUCGUCAAGUAGGAAAGCCAUAGAUACGCGAGGGAGAGCGGUCAACUUUCAACAGCUAACUGUCGUUGUUCGAUGAGGAGGUCGCGGCACUGGUUCACUGGGCCCUUUCCUUAAGGGUUGGCUGUAUAAGUUGAAAAUCUGUCGUCUCUAUGCCUGCGCAUAUCUGGAUGCGCAAGUAUUCGAAAACUCAAAAUAACCGAGUUACUGACUGAAAUAAGGGGGGUAGCUUAACGCCAAGUGGUUACUCUUCCUUCUCAUGAGUAUCUCGGUUAUUCUGAUCAGUUACUUGCUUAUUUCAGUUUUUCGAAAAUUUUGCGAAGAAUAAAGACCACUGACUAAUUAGUAGAUAUGCGAGCCUUCUAAUAGAUCAAUUUGAUGAUGACUGCUGAUUGAUUCAUCUAGGGGCCCCCUGACUGGGUACGCUACUACUACUACUGACGAAGUUUCUAACUUGCGACGCUUCAGGUAAUGCGCGACUGGCCGCUUUAGUUGCCAUAGAAGGCUGGCUCCUAGCGUACGAUGGAGACAGGAAAAAACUCGAUCAGUGGGAGGCAAGGGAAGCAGCCAGAAUACAAAGAUGGCAGAUAGAACAAAGUAAGUAUCUAAAUGAUGUAGUGGUUGUGGGAGUCUUAUUUGACCUUUGUUUUAUAACUUAGUGAAUUGAUGUUCUUGACAACCAGCACAACAAAUUAGAAAGCGUCUUAGGGUCAGUUCCCAUCAACGUGCUCCAAAACUACUAAAAUCAACUGUGCUUCAAAACUCUAAAACUUAGAUCGUAAAAUCCAAGUCGCAACAACCGAAGAAGAGCGGAGCCAACUUCAACAAGAGGUGCCAACAGUGGAACAGCCAGCUUUCCUGCGCAGUUGGAGUGACGAUGCUGCAAGAGAGUUUUUCGAACAGUUUUUGCAGAUUAUGACUAGACCAAGGUCAUCCACUUCGGAGGCUAUCUACUUCGUCGUCCCUAAGUAAAGUAAAGUAAGUACCGAACAUAUAUAAAUAUAAUAAAAGUAAGUGGUGCUAAGUAAAGUAAGUAAAGUAAAGUAAGUACUUCAUCUUAUAGCUCUUACGACGGCUGCAUGUGCUUCAAAGUACCUCUUCGUUACUCAAGAGUAUCUUAGUUACGGUUACCUAUACCUCCACCUCCCUGUCUAAUUGUGACAACGCGAAGUAUUUCCAUGAGCGGUGCAGUGAUACUGAUGAGCGCGUGUCAGUCCAGGGGAUCAAGCUGUGCAGUUUGGUUUGUUCUGUUGGGGAUGAGUAUUUCAACGACGAUGAGUUCGACUCCAUUGUCACGCUCGUUCUAUGUUUAUGGGUACAAGAAGAGGGCUCCCAUUUUCAGAGGCAUCUUGGUCAACUCAUACUCUUUCUGUAACACUAACAGUAACAGGAUUCGUCAUGACAUUAUGGAUCAUAGAACCAGUAAAAGGCAUCUAUGGAAAGGAGACCCAAGAUGCUGCUCAAAAUGGGAAUUUUCCAUUAGUUCUAAUAUAUUAAGGGUGAUAGAUGAUCUAGAUGCAAUUCAUUUUUGUUAAGGGUGAUUGGCCUCACAUCACAAAGACUUAUAUUGCUUUAAUAUAAAAGAGGGGGCACCAGGACAUGACAUGACAAGCCCAAAUACAACUUAUUUUGACAAGUGUAAAUUACAACAACACUUGGCGUUUUCUCCCUGUUUCCUUCUUAGGAUUCAUUGGGAAAAAUGCAGCCCCAAGAAAUUGAAAUGAAUUGUUUUGAGCGCCAACUAUGUGCGCCAACGAAGAAGGUGCGCUUGCAGGCGGCGCAGUUUGUGAAUCAACACGUCUUCAGCGAUCCAGGGAUCGAGGACAUGGAUUCGCUCCCGCCUUGGGCAGCAGACGGUGUGGGAAAUCUCGGAGUUAUGAAGAAAAUUAUACUUUUCUUGUGUUGAAAAUAGCACGUCGUCUACGAUGCAUGUUGCUUUCCUGAAGAUGUUCCUUAGCAAAAAUCAACUGAACCGAACCACGUGCGUCGAAGGGUAAACAUAUACCGUAGUAAAGAACGUCCUCAAGAAUCAUCUCAAUCUCAACAUCUUCUAAUAGAAGAAGCGAAAAUGUAGACAACGCCUCAAAAAAACAGUUGCAGCUGGAAACACGUUUGCUGAUGUUCCUCGAGUACAUUUGUAUGUACGCACGAGACGCCAAAUCGAUUGUGAUUCUUAAGGCUUGAGGAAAUCCAUCUUCCCCAGCGAGCAUCCUGGUCCCGUUUCUUAGGGGCAAACGCUAGCUCUAAGAUGCACUCCAAGAUGGAUUUCUGCUAGUUCUAAGAUGCAAGCAGUCUCGGCUUUCUGGGGUCGCGCUAGUUGUCUCACCGCAUGGAAAGUCAUGGUGUCUUUGCUAUUUCUCUGUGAAGACGGCGCACUAGGAGGCGACGAUGGAGGGGGAGGCGGCUCGAAUAAUGCUGUGGAGCCUUUGCCGUUAUGAUUACAGCUUUCCUUUUUCUUUUUGUGGUUAGGGCUCGUCCGCUGGAACUAUCUAAAGUAAAAGUAUAGGGCGUUUUCUUCUUACUUCAUCUUAUCGUUACCCAUUUUUCCUGCUCUAAUCCUAGUCGGCAAAAAGGUGGCACUUCUGACGAUGAUGGAGGCGUCGAUCACGCUUCUGCAGAAAGAGCAUGCGCAAGCCGUUGCGGGCCAAAACGAAGCGGAGAAAAACCAGACGAAGGCUGACUUAGCUUUAGCGUGUGCCCAGGUGCUGCCAAAAAUGGGACAGCUUUUCAAAUUGAUGAGCUCCGAGCGGUACGGCAAGCUCGUUCUGAGUAAUAUCUUCGAGAUGCUCUUACGCUUCAUGCUCGAGAACAGUCAGACAGUUUCGAGGCAACCCUUGAAUCCAGUGUCGACGAUAUGCGAAGCGCUAGAGCAAGUCCUCGACGAGAGUGGUGCGGGAGCACAAGGCAGCCCAGCGCUGUUGUACUUAUGGAAGGAGGUCAUGAGGAAUCAUGUUACUGCUAUAGAAUUACAGAAAGAGUAUGAGGUUGUAGAGGUAUUAAAGGCGUAUAAGAAAAUCUAGAAGAUACUAAAGGUACUAAAGGUAGUAGAUCAUCUAGAAGAAAUGGCCCCUCUAUGCAUGACAGCUACAAAUAUUGUACUACAAUUUCUCACCUAAAGCUACGUGCAGUUCUGCAAAGGUGCCACUACUCUACCUGAAAACAGCGAAUCCAUAUACUGAAGCUUGUGGACAUUUACCACCUGUUCUCGUACUCGUCUGACUACAAUACCUGUCGUCUCGUUCUCGUCUCGUACUCGUCUCGCACCGCUUUUUGAUAUUCCACCCACUCACUCACUCACUCACUCACUCGGUGUUUCCUCCUUCAUGCGGCGGCAACUGCUGCCGUUGCUAUCGGCACGUAGCUGAGCUUGACCAAGAAGGGAAGAGCGCGUUGAUGGUCUGGCUGAAUUCGAAGCGAGGUCAGAUGAAAGGCACCUUGGAGCAUCUUUGCGUAGUACCUACAGGUUGGGUCCCAAAGCUUUCGGCAGACCCAGAUGAGGAACUUCUCACAGGCAAUUUCGGUUCGGGUGCGGUGGCUGCACAGCGCACUCGACGACGGGAGAUGGAUGUGCCUCGUAACGAGUCUAUUAAGGCUUACCGCUGAAGCAUCCUUAGCGCCGUCCUUACCGGCUCCUUUUCAAGGGGGAAACAAGGGGCUCAGGGAUGCGACGCGGUAGCUCUAAGUCCAGACAAGACGCUUGGAUCCGUAAGAGGUUGUUAGAUCCUCUCGUCGCAGCUGCAAAACCUUCUUCAGAGGAGGAAGGGAAGUUAAGGUCCGGACAAAGUAUUUCAUUUCCAUAGUCCUCACUACAAUUUCACUGCAUAGCAAUACUGAAAGUCCUAGGCUCGUCUUAGAAUUCUGAGCUUACACCUGCGAAACUACUGAACGCGCAAGCUCAAAGAAAGCUCUAAGAAAGGAAGACAACGACAAGGAACCUAGCAGUGCUGGUGCCGUUGCAGCGGAGGGGAAGCAACAGGAAGAAAAUGAGGACGCCGAUGAGCCUGGCGGUGGCAAUAACGGAGAGUCGGCUAUCAUCUUUACUCAACUUCUCGAACGUGCAGUGGAAAUCAAUUCGAAUAUUAAGGCUGUGGAACAAUGUAUCGCUAUUGUAGAAGGCUUACAAACAUCAAUAGAGUUACAUCAUGGACACUAACGUCACAGUUGUGUUGUCUCGUGAACAAUGUAAAUGGAUAGAAAUAAAGUAAAACAGCCUGCGACCACUACCUCUAACCUUCUCGGCACCUUCGUUUCCAAGGACAUGUUGGAGCACUUCUUAGCCAUCUUGCGAUUUGAUGAGGCUAACCGCCUUCCGAGGAACUUGCUAGUACCGCUGAUAAAGCUCUGCCACCACAGCAUCCUUUCGUAUGUUAGCAGUCUAGCAUGUCGCAAAUUGGAAGCAGACGAAAGACAGGAGAAACCCUCAGGAGUGUCGGAUAAGACGGCGCUGAAUAAUUAAGGUCAACAUUUAGUGUUCAUCUUUCUCGGCAUCUCGGUACCCUUUUUCCUCGUAUUAUGCCUAUGAAAUGAUACAAGGGUAGUAAAGGGGUCAAGAUGAGGGGGCCGAGAUGCAAUCUCGCAGACUCUAAAACAACGUGAAAAAUCCGGCUUUGUUCUGGCGAGACUUGGACAAAAUAGCCCAGAAAAGCAUACAAGCAUCUGAAGGUUAUGAAGAAAACAUCAGUCUGGUACAGGCUAAAAAUGAAUGGUAGUAACAUUACUCCAUUCGAAAAUCGAAUACACUCAAACUGUAAUUUAUUCUUUCGAUCGUCUCAAAGAGCCAACAUCUCCUCUAAAAUCUAGCCGAUCAAGUAGCUGCAGCAGCCGACAACAAGAAAUCUUCUAAGGCUCCUGCUGCUUUUGUGGUAAAUUGCCGUCGGAAGAACGAGUACUAUACUGGAGCAUCCGACGCACGGGUCAAAAGAUUAGCGUUUGACAUACUAGAAGAACUAAAUUGCGGUGGCUUUGUCCCUUAAGGCUGACUCGGAGACGCAAGCACAUAAUGCUUUUGAAAGAUUUUAUUUACCACAUCAUGCUGGACUUGCUCGCGAUCAACAAUCACUUACAUCUGGGUCACAACAUCAUAGCUUUAUUAUCAUUCGUCAAGAACCUUGAUGAAGAUUAUUUUCUGCUUGACGAACAUCAACUACAUUGACAUAUCAUACUCAGCACUACGAUAGUAUCAGGAGUAAGUUUGAAUACACGUGGUCGUGCAACUUCUACACCGUCUCCGUCUUAUGAUACAGUCUUCUAAUUCUUUGACCGUGAUGUGGAGGACUGUGAGGAGCCACAAAUGUCUGCUCAAGUCUCUACCUGGUUCGCCGGCGAAGAAAAAGCAGUUGCAAAAUGCUUCUUUGACUUCAGGGAAGCCUGCGUUUCCCACAUCCUGUCGCAGCAUCGAGACCCAUGGGUCAAAUUCCUUUGUAUGGCCAUCUACUUUGAUGGCUUGCAGACACAGGGAGCGAUGAUAGAGGUCAUGCGCUUGGACGAGACGUUGUUCACAGCGGACUUUACUAGUGGUUAUGGUGAGUUAUUACUGAGUUUAUCUUUAUGUUGAUUUUUUUGUAUGUAAAAAAAAUCUUUAUGAUGCUCUGCAGGAGAGACGGUUGUACCUUCAACCUCUAAUCUUAUUUCUACGAUAAGAAGACCUUGCGGCUGGAUGGAAGAAAAGUACAUGAACGCAUAUUAAGGCUACCGCUGAUCCUCAUCGCCAUCCCUGGCUCUUUUCCUAUGAACGUAGAACGUGCGAGGCGAUCGGGUCGCGCGCGACAAUAAUAAUAUAGGAUAAUGAGGAUUAUAAGCCAAGGAUGGACCCAGGGAUGCGAACGCGGUAGCUCUAAGCAUAGGUGAGAUGUACGUGUACUGGCUCUCUCAAAAAGGGCGUUUAGACGCACAAGCAAAAGUACCGCAGGUGGAUGAACAAGAGAUUUUAUGGAGAGUUGUUGGGAUUACUGAUAUUAGCGUUUUUAUUGUCGAAAAACUAUUGUAACACUUUGCUUUUCUUUUUCUUCCCUAGAUAGGUCUGCUCCACCGCAAAAGAUAUUAGCGUUUUUUUUUAGGUAGUAAGUGUAAGAAAUAAUAGGCACAACUGUGAAUGUUGUGAAUGUACCUGAGCGAAGAAACAAUCGAUUAUAGCACGAGCAAGAAUUCUUGUCAAGGAGUAGGAAAAAGUGACUCUGAAAAACUAUUGUAACACUUUGCUUUUCUUUCUCUUUCCCAGAUAAAUCCAAUUUCGACGAAGUCCUUGAUGGAAUGAACCUGAUUUAUUAGGCUCUUCAAGUUGGAUCAUUGUGAAUUUCAUCGGAUUGGAAGUUCGUUAUACAAAUUAUUUGAUGAAGUUCUGUACUAGCUGCUUUUCUACUACGUUUCAUUUUUAAGAAGCUAUACUACAAAGACCCAUCAAAUUUCGACGAAGUCCUUGAUCAUUUAAGCUUUUCAAGCUGGACCACUUCUAAUCCCUGCCUCCGUGAAGAAUCCUGUCCUGAUCUAUCAGAAGCAUGAGGUGAUGAUCUGGACGUAUCUUUUGAAUUUAUUCAGUGAUCUGCGACGUUGUGUCGCGACUGCAGAAGACCAGGAGGGGCGCCAAAGAAUCGUGCAAGAACUGGUGACGAGCGACAAUUAAGGGUAGGUUUUUGCUGUUCCUGUUACCGUUUCUUAUGGCCCUCCUGAGGGGCACAGAAACAUAACAAACGGGGCACAGAAACACCGAAAGCCUACCGCUAAGACGAAAUCAUAUACCCUUCCAGCGACAUGCUCAACCGAUAUAUCCCGGUCAAAGAGAGCAGUUUGCGAAGUAGUGACUCUUUAUCUACUUGCUGCAGUAAAGUAGAACUGUACUUUCUUAUUUAAGUAAUGUGAAUGUUGAACUCAUCUACUUUCUUAUUUAUUACUACAACUCUACUUUCUUAUUUGUUAUGCCUUGUCCAAGAGUCUUCACCCUCUUGAAGAGUCUGCACCCUCUUAAAGAGUCUUCACCCUCUUAAAGAGUCUUCACCCUCUUAAAGAGUCUGCACCCUCUUAAAGAGUCUUCACCCUCUUAAAGAGUCUGCACCCUCUUGAAGAGUCUUCACCCUCUUGAAGAGUCUUCACCCUCUUAAAGAGUCUGCACCAUCUUCUCCAUCAUCCGGGGUAAUCUUUAACAGGUGUCCAACGUGCUCUAGUGCCAGAAGACAGUCUGAGUGCAAUAGAAUUCUGCUUCUCCAAGGCUUGUAUGGUACCCGUCGCGGCUCUAGGAGAGCCUAAGGAGAUCGAGGCGACAGGACUAGAUCCAUAUCCUAUUAAGGCUCAUUACAAUGAUAAUUUUCCAUUUUGUUCACUACCUCUUGCUCAUAGCUCACCAUUAUUCAACUUCUUUUCCUAGUUAGUUUGGUUCCACCCAUAUUCUUCAACUUGUUCGUGCCCUAUCUUCGUAGAACAAGCAAGAUUAAUAUUCCACAUCCCCUUUGUGUCUUUCUAGUACUUGAGUACUUGAUCAUGGAUCGCUCCACAGUCUUCUACUGAGUGACCUGGUUGUCCGUUCUUAGAAGCAAGUGUCAUGAAUCGAAAGAUAAUCGUCUAAAGAUUCACUUCCUUUGUUCAGUCUUAGCUUUGGUUCCGUAUUUUUCACUUAUCUUUGACUCUGAGCUCUCCUCCUCUGUAAUCCUCCCUUUUCAGCCGAAUCCAAUCCUCCUCUAAUCCUCCCUUUUCAGCCGAGUCCAAUCCAACAGCGGACAAAAACUACGUUCUCCAAGAUCUAG